AUGCUGGAGGCAAAGCUCAUCGGAGAGGGCGCCGCCAUCCUGCGCGCAGAGAAGAACCUGCUCGACAUCGAGGCUCCUGUCACAGUGUGUGGGGAUAUCCAUGGGCAAUUCUUUGACCUGAUGAAGCUGUUUGAAGUGGGCGGGUCACCUGCUACCACACGUUACCUUUUCCUGGGAGACUACGUGGACAGAGGGUAUUUCAGUAUUGAAUGUGUGCUGUACUUAUGGGCUUUAAAAAUCCUUUAUCCCAAAACUCUGUUUCUGCUUCGUGGGAACCAUGAAUGUAGACAUUUAACAGAGUACUUCACCUUCAAACAGGAAUGUAGAAUUAAGUAUUCGGAGCGUGUGUAUGACGCCUGUAUGGAUGCCUUUGACUGCCUCCCACUCGCUGCACUCAUGAAUCAGCAGUUCCUGUGCGUACACGGCGGCCUGUCCCCUGAAAUCACCAACCUCGACGACAUCAGAAAAUUAGACAGAUUUAAAGAGCCCCCAGCGUAUGGUCCAAUGUGUGACCUCCUCUGGUCAGACCCCCUGGAGGACUUUGGCAAUGAGAAGACCCAAGAACAUUUCACACACAACACAGUCAGAGGCUGCUCCUACUUCUACAGCUACCCAGCCGUCUGUGACUUCCUCCAGCACAAUAACUUAUUAUCCGUCAUCAGAGCACAUGAAGCCCAGGAUGCUGGAUACCGCAUGUACAGGAAGAGCCAGACCACCGGCUUCCCCUCCCUCAUUACCAUCUUCUCCGCCCCCAACUACCUAGACGUCUACAACAACAAAGCCGCUGUACUGAAGUAUGAGAAUAAUGUGAUGAACAUCAGACAGUUUAACUGCUCUCCUCAUCCCUACUGGCUGCCCAACUUCAUGGACGUCUUCACCUGGUCGCUGCCAUUCGUGGGAGAGAAAGUCACUGAGAUGCUGGUGAACGUAUUGAGCAUCUGCUCCAAUGACGAGCUCUCCACUGACGAGGAGAUCGAUGGACAGCUAAUAUAUCCCCCCAAGAAAGGUGCCACUGCCUCUGCGCGCAAGGAGGUCAUUAGAAACAAGAUCCGUGCCAUUGGGAAGAUGGCGAGAGUCUUCUCAGUGCUACGAGAGGAGAGUGAGAGUGUGUUGACGCUGAAAGGUCUGACCCCUACCGGUAUGCUGCCCAGCGGAGUUCUGUCUGGAGGCAAAGAGAAAAUCGAGAACGAGACCGCAGCUACUAUUGAGGCCAUAGAGGCUGACAAAGCAAUCAAGGGCUUCUCUCCUCAGCACAAGAUCUCGAGCUUCGAGGAGGCUAAGGGUCUGGACCGCAUCAACGAGCGGAUGCCGCCUCGCCGCGACGGCCUGCCGUCCGACGCCAGCCUCAACUCGCUCAACAAGGCGCUGUCGUCCGAGACCAACGGGACAGAGGCGAAGGGCAGCAGCAGCAGCAACAUCCAGUGAGGCACACAGGCAGGCAGGGGGCGCUAGAGAGCCACCGGAGGUUGGCGUACCGCAGCAGGGUGCCCCCCUCACCCCAUACCCCCUUCGUCGCUUGUCUCCCUGGUGUCGGUGGGGUGGGGUGGGGUGGGGGUUGGUUGGACUGGAGGAUGUGGAAACACAGGCAUGAGAAACAGCAUUAAAUAAAUAGAAAAAUAAAUGAAAUAUGGCAACAACAAGAACAACAAAAAAAAUGCAGGGCUGAUGCGUGACUCUUAGACUCUGGAUAUGCCUUUAAAAUACAUCAACUACAAAAUGUUUUAAAAAAAUCUAUAUUGCUUGUAGAAACCAUAAAAAACGUUAUCGCUGGUUCGCUCUUUUCCAGGUGGGCAGGUGAGAACAGGGACUGUGCAUGGCAGAGCAGCGAGGUGGAUGAAGAGCUUAACUGGGAACCCAGCUGACGGCUUCCUCUGGCGUGGAUCCGGCUCUCCUCUGGCGCGGGCCUGGGCUGGUUCUGGCGCGGACCUAGGCUGGUUCCGGCACUGGUCUAGGCCGGCUCUGAGCCGGAUGCAUGUCGGAGGCGGUUGCUGCAGGGCAGGUUUUACAGACGGCCUUCACUCAGAUACUGGACAUGGAAAUUUUGAGUAACUUCUUACUAACUAUUGUUCGUUUACAAAAAUACAGCACUAAAAAUGGACGAAACAUGAAAAAAAAAUGUUUUUAACAUAUAAAGGGUGUACAAACUAAAUAAGGACUAUUUAUUGAUAACUUUUUUUGCUACUCUUAUAAAACUCGCUCUGAAAUACAUUAGGCAGUCUUAAAAGAAUGUUGCAACAUUGUUAAAAUGCCAAAAAUGGGACGUUUUAUGGUUUUGUACAGAUUAUGCUUACCUCAGGAGUAUGUGAGUGUGUGCUUUGACCCAACUUUCUGUAUACUGGCUGUCGAUCUUGGUUUUGAACUUGGUUAUGAAUACCUAUUUUCUUGGAAUUUAAUAACUGGAAUUUACAUUUAACAUUUAUCAUUUGCAAAUAUGUUUUUUGUUGUUUAUUUUUGGGGGGGGGAAUAGAUUUAUCGUGGCUUGCUGGAAUUUUGUGAGUGUUUUCUUUCUUCUUAAGUAUUGCGAACAAAAAAAAUAUAAAGCAUCUAUAUUCUGUAAAAAAAUGACUUAAGUAACUGAAAGUAUACAGCCUAUGCAUGUUUUAUAAAAAAAAAAAGUUUAACAACAGAAAUAGACUGAAUUCAAGUUCUUUGGCUGCAGAGGCCUGUUUUGAGAUGUAGUGCGCUUUGUGGAAGUAUACUGGAAGACUAUACCGCCUCUUUAAAUUACUAAUGGGUUGAAACAUGCUUAAUGCCUUGAAAUCCUUCUUUUUGUAACGUAAAGCAUUGGAACUAUUUCAAAGGAAUGAGGAGCCGUGGUCUUUUUUAAAACCGAUCGCUUGUUAAGUGCACAUGUAGUCCACGUCUGCAUGUGUAGCAGUGCCUCCUGUGAUGGUAGGUUUGUGGUUACAUGUCAUAUGUCAAACUGCAUGAUGACUGUCAAUGUCACACACACUUUAAGACGUUUUUGUUCUGUUUUGUAAACGUGCCACACAAAGUCACAGAAUAUUAUUAUUAUUAUUAUUAUUAUUAUUAUUAUUAUUAUUUGUAUACUUGCUUUGUGUGCCACAACAGAGCAAAGGUACAAAUAUCCAAUUUUAAGAGAAAUCCGAAACUCCAUUCAAUCUUUUUUAACCAAUUGCUUAAGUGCCCAAGUAAUUCACUACACAACAUAAAGCCUUGCUUUUGUAAUUUAACUUUGAAACUGUUGGCAGAUGACGCAUGCACUUGCAACUAUGA